CUGACAGCGCACAGUGAAGGUUGCCACAUAUCGCAACAGAAACUUCCACUUCGAAUUGGGGGAAAAAUGGAUCCGGGAUUGUCCAAAUGCUUCAUUACCUCACAUGAUUCAGUGCUAUUUUAAUUGCUACUAGAGGUUAAUACAACAUUUAAUAUCCGAGCAAUUGUCAGUACAAAUAAAAAAAGGUUACCUUUCGAAUUAACCUCCAGUAGUUGCAUAAGCUUAAGUGUGGCUCUUUUUGAUUUGUACAGUAACGCAAUCUAAAUUAAUUGUUCUGUACGCGGUGACCGUCACGUUCAAAAGGGGGCUCUUUUUAUUUUGGUGACAACUAACCGGCUGGGCAGGGCCGGUAGGACGAGCAGACGGAGAGCGCCGUAAAGCGUCAUGUUUGGAAACGGGGAGGUCAUUGGAAAGUGAGGCGGUCUGGUUCAUUUCGGCGCAGAAAUACCACAGCUGCCGUAGGUGUCAGAUAGCCUGAUACCAGGGUGGCUACUGUUGUGUCCAGGGUAGUUGUACGCAAAGUGACCGAAGUAAAAAUGUUGCGUUUAGUUCUCCGAUUGAGGUCGUCUGUCGCGCUGAGCCGGCCGAGUGUCCUCUCGGGCCCUGCUGCUGCUCGACCUGGACCGGCAUCGUGUCCUCUUAAAAGAGAUCACAGUAAUAGUGCCUCCCGAAUCCGGACCCUGUGCUACGAAAGACAUGUUUACAGCAGCAUCCUCAAGAGCAGGACAUGCGUUUCACAAAAUCAAACUGCCGAUUUCAGUCAAAGCAAACGAGCGUACAGUCUGCCGCCUCAUCAGAAGGUGGAAUUGCCCGCUUUGUCUCCCACCAUGCAGCUGGGCACCAUUGCUCGCUGGGAGAAGAAGGAGGGUGAUAAAAUCAAUGAGGGUGACUUAAUUGCAGAGGUGGAAACAGACAAGGCCACAGUAGGGUUUGAGAUGCUGGAGGAAUGCUACCUUGCCAAGAUCUUGGUACCAGAGGGCACAAGAGAUGUGCCCAUUGGAGCGGUUAUCUGCAUUACUGUUGACAACCCUGACCUCAUCCCCGCAUUUAAGGACCUCACACUGGACAAGCUGCCCACAUCAGCUGCAGCUCCGGCAGUCCCUCCGCCACCGGCAGCCCCUGCUGCUGCUGCCACCUCCCCCUCCCCUCCACAGGCCCCAGGCAGCUCUUACCCACCACACAUGAAGAUCCUACUGCCAGCUCUUUCCCCCACUAUGACUAUGGGCACAGUGCAACGCUGGGAGAAGAAAGUGGGUGAAAAGUUGAAUGAAGGCGACCUGCUGGCUGAAAUUGAGACUGAUAAGGCCACAAUAGGGUUUGAGGUUCUGGAAGAAGGCUACCUGGCUAAGAUCUUGAUCUCUGAGGGAACCAGGGAUGUCCCUUUGGGCACCCCACUCUGCAUCAUGGUAGAAAAAGAAUCUGACAUUCAAGCAUUCACUGACUAUGUCGAGACAGGUGUAGCCACCAGCCCCCCACCAGCUCCUGCACCGGUGGUGGCCCCUUCCACUGCAGCGCUGCCACUGGCCCAAGCCCCACCCCCUGCUGCCUCUGCUCCUCCUGCACCUCCUCAUGCUUCUGCUGCUAGGAAGGGCAGGGUGUUCGUCAGCCCUCUGGCCAAAAAGUUGGCUGCAGAAAAGGGUAUCGACCUCUCUCAGGUCACCGGCACUGGGCCUGAUGGCCGCAUAACCAAGAAAGACAUCGAGAGCUUCGUCCCAACCAAGGCAGUAGCUCCCCCCACUGCUCCUGCAGCCCCUGUGCCCAGCCCUGCCCCAGCUCUGGCCCCCGUACCCACCGGCACCUUCACAGACAUCCCUGUCAGCAACAUCCGCAGAGUGAUUGCCCAGAGGCUAAUGCAGUCAAAGCAGACAAUUCCACAUUAUUACUUGUCUGUGGACAUCAACAUGGACCAAGUUCUGGACCUCAGGAAAGAACUUAAUGCGGAGGUGAAAGCAGAUAACAUCAAGCUCUCGGUCAACGACUUCAUCAUCAAGGCCUCGGCACUGGCAUGUUUAAAGGUGCCAGAGGCCAACUCCUCCUGGAUGGACACAGUCAUCCGACAAAAUCAUGUAGUGGAUGUGAGUGUUGCAGUCAGCACACCAAGUGGUCUGAUCACUCCCAUUGUCUUCAAUGCCCAUAUAAAAGGCCUUGCAGCUAUUAGCAAAGAUAUAACCGCUUUGGCUUCCAAGGCACGUGAAGGCAAGCUGCAACCACAUGAAUUUCAGGGUGGCACGUUCACGGUCUCCAAUCUGGGCAUGUAUGGCAUUAAGAACUUCUCAGCUAUCAUCAAUCCUCCUCAAGCUUGCAUCUUGGCUGUCGGAGGCUCAGAGAAGCGGCUGUUGCCUGCAACCAAUGAGAGAGGGUUUGAUGUAGCCAGUAUGAUGUCUGUGACUCUUAGCUGUGAUCAUCGGGUGGUGGAUGGAUCAGUGGGAGCACAGUGGCUAGCUGAGUUUCGCAAGUUCCUGGAGAAGCCCAUUACCAUGCUGCUUUGAGCAGGGGCCGCUAAGCCCUGCCCCUCCGCAAAACAUAAAGGACAUUCACGGUUGAGGACAUCUCUCUCAAAUUAUAUAAUCUUGCAAAUCUAUUGGCCUCUUUCUCCCCUCUCUUAUCUCCUCUAACUCUCUGUACAUGUCCAUGGAUACUGUGUUUAUGCAGCUUUAACAUGCUGGGGUCAAAACUAACUUGAACCCAGAGAAGCAUGUUACUGUUUAGGUCAAUUUGUAGGGUUAGACUGCAGAUGCAAUCAUUGGACAGUUUUCUGCCAGAAAAUUGUUACAAGCACUACCAGUCUACAUAUGUUUUUAAUUCUAUGUCCAAUUCUUUGUUUUAUCCAUCCAAACACCACUAGCCACAGUCCCUUUUUAUAUCUAUGAAUUGAAACAUCAGGUGCUGUUUUGAAACUGAAGAAGGAAGUGACACAUUGCCAAGGCACAAAUACUGAAAUAAUUCACUUCUCUACGGGCAUAUGUAAGUAAGGGAUAUGUGUGCCAAAUGGUCGCAUUACAUGUAUGUCUCCAUCAGGUUUUGGAUAUCAUUGAUAAUUAUGUACAUUUGGACCUGAUAUUCACACACACACCUUUUUUCAAAUCGUAAGUGGUGUUUAACACAUCCUGGGUUGUACAUAAAUGAAAUUUGUUUUCCUUCUGGGUCAUGCGAUGACCUUGUAUAAGGUCUCGACAUGUAAAUGCUGGCUCAUGUUUAUUUAUUACAUCUUUCACUCCAGGCACAGCACAUUGGUGCCUUUUGCUCUGUGUUCUUAUUUCUAUCAAGUGGGAUUUUUUUUUAACAAAAAGUGGAAACACUAUAUUUCUGUAUUUGUAACGCACAAACAUGCCGAACUGGGUGAUUUGCUGUUAUAAAUAAACUCAAGCAGAUCCCAAAACAGCACUGAUAUUUUGACAAAGUGACAACAUGGUGUACAAACUCAUGACUUUUGCAAAGCAAAGAUAACUUUGUUCAAGCCAUGAUUGUAAUGGUAAAUAUGUACAGAUCAGUGGUUAAAACUAAAGCCAAAAUUAAGUCAAACCUUUAGUAUUGGAAGGGGAAAAACCGUAACCACUAUGUUGAAUUUGAUGCAUAGAGAGAGAAUAAACAUGAAACAGAAACCCAACUCGUUUCAUGUUUUUUAGAUAAUUGAGAAGCUAUAUUUGAGGAGUUCUGUGGAAAGUUCUGAAAUUAGAGAUGAAACUUUUGAAUAUACAUUUUAAUUCUACUACCUAUGUGUCUACAAUGAGAUAUACCUGUGGAUGUUGUUUUGUGUGAAGAUCACCCUGGUCCAGAGAGUUUGCUCAAGAUAUUCAUUACAAUGAUAUAUUAGAAAUGGUAAUAAACCCUUUAUCCUAA